UAAUGAUGUAGCAAGUAGCCUACGUUUUCGAGCUAGGUUACUUUGUAAACAUUUUAAAUGGUCUUUUCUUUACGGUAGUUUUAAAUAUUUUUGCAUUCUGUCAGAUAUGCGAAGACCAAAAUACUUCACCCCAAAUGAGGUGUCACUUCACAACACUCCAGCUGACUUGUGGGUCUCAUACCUGGGCAAAGUGUACAAUUUGACACCGUUGCCAAAUGAGUUGAAAGGUGAUGUGCUCUUAAAGCCUAUCAUUGAGUGUGCAGGAAAGGACAUUAGCCACUGGUUUGACCCCAAAACAAAAGAUAUCCUUACCCAUAUCGACCCACUGUCUGGCUGUGUGAAGUACUACACCCCUAGGGGGCGCUUUGUGCAUGUGCCGCCUCCAUGCCCUCGCACUGACUGGGCCAAUGACUUUGGCCGACCAUGGUGGAGGGAUACGGGCUAUGAAGUGGGACUGCUUUCUGUCAAGACCAGAUGGAUACGCAUCAUCAACACCCUGACUUCUCAAGAACAAGGACUGGAGGUGUGUUCUGAGGAAACCUUGAAUGAGAUUCUUCAGCGCUAUCUCCGCUACAACAUGCAUGCAGCCAGCUACACGUGGAAACACAACGGUGUCAAUCUGGACAUGAGCAAGACCCUGAGUGAGAACGACAUCGUCGAUGAGGAUGAGGAGUUCUACAAUGGUCGCAUGGACCGUGACCACUUCUCCCAGUCGAUCUGUCUCUAUUUCAAUGAUGACCUCACCGAACUUUGACCAUUAAAACGGUGGGGAUAUUGCAAUGUGGUUGGGGUGUGUUCAAGCAGGAAGUGUAAUAAACGUACAUGUAGAAUAAUACCACGUAAUUAUUGU